AUGGCGCACAUCAGAUCGACCAUCAACAACAUACUCAAUGAGAUCAAUGAUGUCAACUCAAUGCUAAACAUGUCACACCUUCUCCCAAAAGACCUCAACAAUGACAACAACACCAUCGAUAAUGCUACGUUGACGACAAUCAAAUCAUGUGACUCUGUUGAACAGUUUGUCAACAAGUACAACAAUUCACAAUCAGAUGAUAAUGGACAAUUGGGUGACAAUGAGUUGUUGAUAAUGAUCAAGAAUCAUCAACAUAUGCUGCUCACAACAUAUGACCAGGUGUACAUGGACAAGAUGGAGGCGUACCGAGUCGAGACCGACUCAAAAAAGUUGAAUUAUAUCCAGAACCAGAUAGAGACCUGCUUCAGCAUAUUCAACAUUGCUGGUACUCCAAUGUUGGCACCUAAGCCAAGGGCUCCAAUGAAUACAAAAGAUGGUAUCGUCGUGUCGGUGGCAGACACUGGGAUAGCACUACUCUCACUGGGCGAUAUAGAAUGGCGUACGUUCAAAGACGCCAAGAGCUCAUUCAUUGGGACGUACAACUCUGUGGUCUACGCUCGUGGUGCUUUAUAUGCGUUUGGUGGCAGGGACUCUCAUCAUUCUACGCAAAGCUCACGUUUCAAGGAGGACACUGGAGCACAUAUCUACCGAUCACCAAUGUCAGCGGUGGCAAUAAUGCUACGAUGGCAAUAA